AUGCCAAGUCUUGCAAUCCUCAGCAUCUUCCUUUGCUUGAACGCCGCACUUGCUCAAAACUUUUUAGAUCAAUAUGGACAAUGCAAUUCCAAUGUAAAUCUGCUCCCCGACGGUGGGAAGAAAGAUGAAUGUCAAAGGCUGUGCAACGAGAUGUCGAGUAAUUCAGCCUGUGCAGCCAAGAUCAUUAAACUUCACAAUAUAACAAGCAGAGUUGGACUAGCAAAUACCUUGCAGUCAAACGAUUUUGGAACUUUGGCGAAAGACCUCUUUUACAAGUCACUUUCCAGCGACGCCCCGCAAAUUGAUUCAUGUUUUGCAAACAUUCAAGCAGACUGGGUAGCACGAGAUUUUGCCUGCACCGAUGAUCGCAAUGUCAACGAAGUGGAUUUGUCAUUUUUGCGAAGGGUUGCAGUGCAGGUGCUGCCCUACCGCUAUUAUGAAGUCGAUUCCCACAGCACAGCAGAAGUCAAACCAGAAUCUUUCUGCAUCAGCACCAUGCAUCAAAUCAGGACGGACCCCGCACUUUCCAUCUUCCCGAGGUCUGCAUGCUUCGACAACCAGCGAAUCCAUCCCCUGACCUCGAAGGUCGAAACGUGUCCUGAUAAUUGCAAGACGGCGAACCAGAAAAUCCUCGAGACACUAUCAGGCGGAGGGUGCUGUACGUCCUUGUAUUAUCAGGAGAUGACAAAGAUGACAUUCUCGUUCUUGACCGACAGCGAACUCUCUGCUCGAGUACCAGGAAGAUCUCAGGAUUGCAGUGGCGCUCCUUGCGUCUCGUAUGAUGAUGCGCUGAUAUCGUGCAAAGCUGACAAGAAGUACCUCAUGUCGAGCGGUGAACUCCAAUGA